AUGGCGUCCGGGGCAGGCUGGAAGUGGCCAGCGCCCGACGUGGGCUGGCGCCGGCCUGAGCCCUGGCGGUUCCUCUCCAGGCGGCAGGAGACCAUGGACUCCAAGCUGCUGGCCAUGAAGCAUGAGAAUGAGGCCCUGUGGCGGGAGGUGGCCAGUCUGCGGCAGAAGCACGCCCAGCAGCAGAAAGUGGUCAACAAGCUCAUCCAGUUCCUCAUCUCGCUGGUGCAGUCGAACCGAAUCCUGGGGGUGAAGAGAAAAAUCCCCCUGAUGCUGAACGACGGCGGCGCAGCCCACUCCAUGCCCAAGUUCGGCCGCCAGUACUCCCUGGAGCACCUGCACGGCGCCGGGCCCUUCGCGGCCCCGUCCCCCGCCUACAGCGGCUCCAGCCUCUACUCCCCGGACGCCAUGGCCAGCUCGGGCCCCAUCAUCUCCGACAUCACCGAGCUGGCCCCCGGCAGCCCCCCCACAGGGAAGCAGCUGGUGCACUACACGGCGCAGCCCCUGCUCCUGGUGGACCCCGGCCACGCGGACGUGGGCGGCGACCUCCCCGUGCUCUUCGAGCUGGGGGGGGGCCCCUACUUCUCCGAGGGGGACGACUACUCCGACGACCCCACCAUCUCCCUGCUGGCGGGCUCGGAGCCGCCCAAAGCCCAGGACCCCGCCGUCUCCUAGAGGCCGGCGGGCGGCGACCCGGCCGGCUCGGCUCCUGCACACUGGGACUGGCCAGCGCCGGAGCUCCAGCACCGCAGUUUGGAUGUUGGCGCCGCGUGCAGCGGAGGGCAGAGCUGUGCGCGCCGGGCGGACGCACGGGCAGCGCCUAUAAAGGACCGCUCCCCA